UCGAGUUAAGAUCACCGAGCGAGACAGAAGAUCUUCAUCUUAAAAAGUUUAUUUUUACACCAAAAAUCUAUAAAUACAAAAUUUAUUCAAACUAGUGUAAUAUUAUAUAUAUAAAUUACAUUAUAUGCUUAUUUCGCUACAAAUACAAUUUCAAUGUCAUGAAAACACAAUGGCGUCCGACUACAAUUCUCCUGGAACUCCAAGUCGACACGAGAAGUCUUUAGGCCUUCUUACAGCAAAAUUUGUUGGAUUGUUGCAAGAAGCUAAAGAUGGUGUGCUAGACUUAAAAGUGGCUGCUGACCAGUUAGCAGUUCGUCAGAAAAGAAGAAUUUAUGACAUAACAAAUGUUCUUGAAGGAAUUGGGUUAAUAGAAAAAAAAUCUAAAAAUAGUAUUCAAUGGAAAGGGGCUGGUCCUGGUUGCAAUUCUCAAGAAAUUUCUGAUAAACUAUGUGAACUUAAAGGGGAAAUAAGUAAACUUGACGCUGUUGAAACAAUUCUAGAUCAGCAACAGCUAUGGGUUCAGCAAAGUUUAAAAAACAUUUCAGAAGAUCCUGAAAAUGAGCGUCAUGCGUAUGUUUCACAUGAAGAUGUAUGUAUGUGUUUUAAAGGAGAAACAUUACUUGCUAUUCAAGCACCAUCUGGCACGCAACUUGAAGUUCCUCCACCAGAUUUUUUAGGCCAUACAGCUAAUUAUCAAAUGCACUUAAACAGUGAAAAUGGACCUAUUUGUGUACUAUUGGUAAAUCAUGAUGCAAAGUCAGAUGUGCCUGUUGUUACAAAUGUCUCACCUGAAAGUCCAAACAACUGUGCUGAAUGCAUGGUUAGCACCAAAGAUAGAGAUGCAUUAAAAACAAAUGGUGAAGAUAUGGAAACUGAUGAUCCAAUACUCACCAGCAAUAUUAGUGACCCUCAGCAUUCAAAAAGGAUCUCAGAUGAAAUAGAAGAUAUGAAUUUAGAUCAAUUUUGUAAAGAAAAUGAGUUGUUUGCUCCUCUCCUUCGACUGUCACCUCCCCCAGGAGAACAUGAUUAUUAUUUUAACCUUGAUGAUAAUGAAGGUGUUUGUGACUUGUUUGAUGUUCCUGCAUUGAAAGUAUGAUAUUAGGGUGGCAUAGUUGAAGAAGUCAUCAUUAUAUGAAACAUGUUUCACAAAGUAUAAUCCUAAAUUUCAGCAUGGAAUAUGAAAAUGCUUAAACAAGCUGUUAUAUGUAUGCUUUAAACUUUUGAAACAGUGAUGAAAUCAGUUUUGAAAGGAUUUGGAUAGAAAACUAACUUCAAGUUUAGGAGAGACAAUAAUUCAAGAAUCACGUUCUACACAAUUUUGUAGUUUUUAAUAAGUUUGAUCAAGUUUAUCUUAAAAAAAAACUGCUGUACAGUUAUUCAAAGAACUUCAGAAAGUUUAUAGGAAUUUCAUAAAUUUAUUUUAUGGGAAAAUGUUCUUAAUAUGUUUAUCAUUUGUACCCAGAACAUUUUAAUGCAAUUAUCUGCAGAAUAUUUUUAUUUAUGCAGUGUUUACAGUUUGCAGAUUUAUUUGUAGCAAAAUUAAAUUUGUAUUGAGUAAAGUUCUCUUUAAAUUA